GCCCUGGAAGGUCAAGUGGUGGGGGCCGCGCUAUUCUUCCUGCUAGGGAAACGUGCCCCGUGCCUAAGGGCUCUGUGCUUAUUCCGCUUGUUCCUUUUGGGGUGUUAUCACCUGAGAAAGGGGAAUAUAAUUCCGAGAAGCCCCCUUCAGGGUCCUGUUCUGCCUGGGGGUGGGAGACAGCUGGCCUACCGGGCGGGCCAGCAAUCCAUCGUUCACAAAGGGGUUGGCCUAACUACAGUAUGGUGCUGUUUCGGUAUUUGUGCCAACUCUACAAACGAUUGCUUCUGUCCAGUUUAGAAACUAGCUCAAUAAAUGUAGGUAUUUGGGCCAGAAGUAUACAUUCUUCAGCAGAAAGGCUGGAAGUGACUUAUGAAUAUGGAAUUAAAAAGCAAAUGAUGCAUAACCAUGAAGUUCAAAAGCUACAUCAAAGUGCAGAUGAUGAAGAUUGUAGAAGACCACAUAUACCAGUGAUGGUGAAAGAAGUCGUUAAUUGUUUAUCACCCCAGCAGGGACAGAGAUGCUAUACACUUCAGUCCCCAGUGCAAUGGAACAUGCAGUGUAUGCUUGAUAUGACGUUUGGAGCAGGAGGUCAUACUACAGCCCUUCUACAGAAAGUAACUGAUAUUACAAUAUAUGCACUAGACAGAGACCCAGAAGCUUAUAAAAUAGCUCAGCAACUUUCAGAAUCAUAUCCGAAACAGAUUCAGGCUCUUCUAGGGCAGUUUAGCCAAACAGAAUCCUUGUUAAUCUCAGCUGGAGUGGAGCCAGGAAUGCUAGAUGGAGUUCUUUUGGAUGCUGGGUGUUCCUCUAUGCAGCUUGAUACUCCUGAAAGAGGUUUUUCCCUGCGAAAGGAUGGCCCUUUGGAUAUGAGGAUGGAUAGUGGCAGGUAUCCUGACAUGCCCACCGCUGCUGAUGUUGUGAAUGCUUUAGAUCAACAGGCGCUUGCGUCCAUCCUGAGAACAUAUGGGGAGGAGAGGCACGCCAAGAAAAUAGCUUCAGCAGUCGUUCAGGCACGCAGCAUCUACCCCAUCACCAGAACUCAGCAGCUUGCCAGCAUUGUUGCAGGUGCUUUUCCAGCAAGAGCUUUGUAUGCCCGAAAAGACUUACUUCAGAGACCUACACAUGUUGCCACCAAAACUUUCCAAGCCUUGCGUAUAUUUGUGAAUGAUGAGCUCCGCGAACUCUAUGUAGGGUUGAAGAUAGCUGAGAAGUUUCUGAAACCUGGAGGUCGACUUGUAGCCCUUUCUUUUCAUUCACUAGAGGAUCGUAUCAUCAAACGAUUCUUUCAAGGAAUAGAUGUUUCAGAAAAGUCCAACCUUAACAUAAGACAGAAGAUAAGACGAGGACAAAAAUAUUAUUCAGAACAAGAUGUGGAAGAAUUCUCUAGUGAAAAAUCCAACUCAAGGUGGACAUCUAUACAGAAAAAAGUGCUUACUCCCCAGGCUGCAGAUGUUCAAGAGAACCCAAGAGGGAGGUCUGCCAAACUAAGAGCUGCUAUCAAACUGUGAAAUAAAGUAAAAUAGUCUGAUUUUCUCUUUAUAUUAAAUAUGCUUUUGUAAAUUUUCAUCUUUCAAACUAUACGGAGAUGGUCAAGUUGAAAAAUAAAAGGAAAGAAAAAAAUAUCUUAGGAAAGAGUCUUGACUUCUAUCUUCAGUCUUCAAUUUUAAUUAAGUUGUGGAAUUGAAACAUGGAGCAUCACAUGGUAAAGCAAGUCUAAAUCAAUGGGCAUAACUAAUAUUAUUAAUUUCUUUAGAAAAACAGUUCUUGAAACACAAGGCUCAGGUGUCUGUAAUAGCAACCCUUGUAUGUACAACUUAAACAUAUAGGGCUCUAUGCACCUAUUUAUCCACAGCAUAAACUCCCAUUGAAUUAUUCCAACUUCAAUCCCACAAUUGAUCAUGUUGUGCCUUAUUGUUUUAACAUAUACAUUCUUUAAAACAGCUAAAAUUUGAAGUCUAUUUAAAACUUCUUGAAUGAGUAACAUCAUAGAUUGAAAAUUAAUAUUG